AUGCAUUACCCUUCCUUCGGCCACUUCCUCUUGGCGAGCAUCCUUGCCGUCCAGGGCGUUCAGUCCCUCAACCUCAUCCCCAAUGGCGAGGUUGCCAGACGCGUGGUAGCUCCCGCCUUGGCACUUGCCAUUCCUGCCGUUGCCGCGCCCCAGGCCGUUAACAUCGAGGCUCGUGAGCCUCACCACCGCGGCAAGAAGACCAAGAAGGCCAACCGCAACCGCCGUGACGAGUCCAUCGUCGAGGAUGCCCUUGAGGCCCGUGACAUUGAGGCUCGUGAGCCUGAGCCUCACCACCGUGGCAAGAAGACCAAGAAGGCCAACCGCAACCGUCGUGAUGAGGCCUCCAUCGAUGAGGCUGUCGACCACGCUGCCGUAGAGGAGCGUGACAUCGAGGCCCGCGAGCCCCACCACCGCGGCAAGAAGACCAAGAAGGCCAACCGCAACCGCCGUGACGAGGGUGCUCACGAUGACGCCCUCGAGGCCCGCGACAUCGAGGCCCGUGAGCCCCACCACCGUGGCAAGAAGACCAAGAAGGCCAACCGCAACCGCCGCGAUGAGGCCAGCACUGAUGAGGCUCUUGAGGCCCGUGAUAUCGAGGCUCGUGAGCCCCACCAUCGCGGCAAGAAGACCAAGAAGGCCAACCGCAACCGUCGUGACGAGGCUUCCACCGACGAGGCUCUUGAGGCCCGCGACAUCGAGGCCCGCGAGCCCCACCACCGUGGCAAGAAGACGAAGAAGGCUAACCGCAACCGCCGUGACGAGGCCACCACCGAUGAGGCUCUCGAGGCUCGCGAGAUCGAGGCUCGUGAGCCCCACCACCGCGGCAAGAAGACCAAGAAGGCCAACCGCAACCGCCGUGACGAGGCCACCACCGACGAGGCUCUUGAGGCUCGUGACAUUGAGGCCCGCGAGCCUCACCACCGCGGCAAGAAGACUAAGAAGGCUAACCGCAACCGCCGCGACGAGUCCGCUGCCGGUGACGCCGUUGCGUUCACCGCCUAA